CUGGCUGAUCCGUUCUUCACGCAAAAAGAAUUUCGGGUCUGGAUGUUAAAAAAUUGACACAGAAUUAGUGAUAUAGAUGGGGCUAUGAUCAGCUCGGGUUUUGGUACACGGACUUAGCCAGAAAAGUGAAUCCAGCGAAGUUCAUAAUUUUGUUUUGGGUCUACCACCUCUCUUCCUCUACUUCUAUUGAUGGAGGGUACUCUUGCUGAAGAACUUUAUUCCGAGAGUCUGCAGUCAACAAAUUCAAAAUUGGGUGCUACAUUGUCUUCUGAUUGGGGACAAAAUCGGUCAUCAGGUUCUGGUGUGGAUGACUUGUGCCAAGAUGAUGGAUCUUUAUGGGGUGGUUCUGAUGAAGGCUUGGAGGAAAUAUCUGAUUUGGACAGGGAGUGGCAGAGGAGACAUGACCAAUUCCAUACGAUUGGAUACCGUGAUGGUUUAAUCUCUGGUAAAGAAGCUGCAGCUCAAGAGGGAUUUAAUGUUGGCUUCAAGCAGUCAGUCUUUAUUGGGUAUAAGUUGGGUCUUGUCAGAGGUGUUAGCAGUGUGCUUGCUUGCCUUCCUGAUGACUUGAAAGAGAAGCUAAUGGGAAAUGAAGAGAACAGUAGUAAAUUCCAAAGCUUGUAUGAAUGUACGAACUCUAUUUCGACAGCAGAUGCGCUUAGACUAUUCAAUGACGAGAUUUUGGCACAAGACACGACAGAAGAGUGUGUCGACGCAGAUACUAAUUCCCGAACGAUAGGUUUGCUGAAGCAAAAUCCAGAUGAUGGACGUCUAGGGAAGUUCUAUGGAGAGCUUCAAGCACUUUUACCAAAAUCACCUGCUCUGAAAGUUCAUCUACAUGAAGACCAGCAGAUUUUGCCAUAACUCAUCAUUGAUACUUCUGCUGAGGAGAAAUAUUUUGUUUGUAAAAUUUUCAAUGCAACUUUUGUAGAUUUAGCAUUUGUUACGUUGAAAUUUUGGAUAUUGACCUUGCCUGUAUUUGUUUCAAUUAUGUAAAUAUUUACUAAUAGGAAUUGGAUGAUA